UGUGGUUGGAUCCCAUUGUAACAUCACAUUCCUUGUCUUUCCCUGGUUGCCAGAAUUCUUCAGAUGGGGGUAGGAGUGGAAGCCAAAGCAGGAUCAAUGCCUUACCUGACAUCUCCCUGGAUGAUGUCUCCUCUUUCUACGAAGAACUUCCAGCUUUCAGAGCCUCACCUCCUGCCCCUUCCUCUCAGUCCCUGGCAGUCCCUUCAGACCAGCUGCACAAAAAUGUUUUGGGAUCUUCUGAAUCCUCCCAGUCAGGCCUGUUCUUCAUGGCUUCCCAGAGCCCCAUGCCAUCUUCCAGCCUCUCUGAGAAGGAUACCAACAGCCUUGCCUCUUCCAUGGAGGACUCGGACUCCACCAGCAUCUAUGCUUCAGUCUCUCCAGCUACUCGCGCUUCUAGGAAGCCCGUGGAUGCCCGUUUGCUGCUGAUCAACCAGCACCCAGUUGUACCCUUCCCUCGGAUCCAGUCACCCACGCGGCUGAAACACCCCUCCCCUGAGACUGUUGGCACAUCCCCAAGCCCCCAUUCCCCUUCCCCUCCACCCCUUCCCUCCCAUUCAGCUCCCUCCCCUCCUGGUUUAGAAGUUGGGAUCGCCCAGCACUUUAUCAUGGUAGAAGUUCAUCGGCCAAAUGGCGAACCAGAUGUGAAUGAGGUCAAGCCACUGCCUCAAGCCAGAGCGUCCACGCUGUCUCAGCUUUCGGAUAGCGGGCAGACCCUCAGUGAAGACAGCGGCGUUGAUCUUGGAGAAACGGAGUUCAGCACCAAAGAGAAGAGUCAGCGGCUGCAGGGCCCACCACCAAGCCGAAGUCCACAGGAAGUUCCCAGAGUGGGCGGAGUGGUAGAGGCGGGACCCAAGCCGCCAGGACUCCUGGAACCAACAUCCCAUCUAAUCCGGGUGUCAAAGAGCGCGCCAACCCUUGGCAUAGCCAUCGAAGGGGGAGCAAACACUCGACAGCCGCUGCCCCGAAUUGUCACCAUCCAGAAGGGGGGUUCUGCUCACAACUGCAGGAAGCUGAAGGUGGGUCAAGUGAUCCUGGAAGUGAACGGCACGGCCCUCCGCGGGAAGGAGCACCGCGAAGCAGCUCGCAUCAUUGCCGAGGCUUUCAAAACGAAAGACAAGGACUACGUCGAUUUCCUCGUCACGGAAUUCAACGUCGCACUUUAGGGAUGGGGCACCUGGGAGGCCCCGAAGCCAA